AUGGGCGCGCCAGAACUGCUACGCGUACCAGACGCGGAAGACGAUGAGCGCGACGCCAGCUCUGUAGCAUCUGAUGCCGAAGACGAUGCACCAGUGACCGGUCCAGCCAACACCUGGCAACUCAAGAGACGCGCUCAAAAGGCCAUCUUCGAGUCAUGGCUUGUCAGUCCAGCUGGUGAAGAAGCACGCAAGCCACGUACCAAGGACGGCCGCCUUAAGGAGGAGGUCGAUGACCAGCAGUCCAUUCACUCGCUAUUGGCCCAGCAACAACAAGGCACGCAGAUCGUCAAGAAUCCACGAGAGUAUCAGAUCGAGCUUUUUGAACGUGCCAAGAAAGAGAACACCAUCGCCGUGCUCGAUACUGGAUCUGGCAAGACACUGAUUGCCGUGCUACUGCUUCGCUGGGUCAUUGAUAAUGAGAUCGAGAGGAGAGCAGCUGGUCAUCCACCCAAAAUCUCCUUCUUCCUGGUCGCAUCGGUGACAUUGGUCUAUCAGCAAUUCUCCGUUCUGGAGUGCAACCUGGAUCACAAAGUCAUACGCCUUUGCGGUGCCGACAAUGUCGAUAGAUACAGCGCAGGAGACUGGACUCAAAUCUUUCACGAGAACAAAGUUGUGGUGUGCACUGCCGAGAUCCUCUUUCAGUGCUUGUCUCGAAGCUUCUUGUCGAUGAAGCAGAUCAACCUUUUGAUCUUCGAUGAAGCGCACCACACCAAAAAGAACCACUCUUACGCCAGAAUCAUCAAAGACUUCUAUAUACCCGAGCGACGCGAGUUGCGACCACGUGUUUUUGGCAUGACUGCAAGUCCAAUCGAUGCCAAGGUCGACGUUAUUCAGGCGGCGUCGGAGCUUGAGAGCCUCCUGGAUUGCAAGAUUGCUACGACUCAGGAUAUGAGCCUUGCAGAAGCCACCAAAAGCAUCACCGAGGAGAUCCUGCGGUACGAUGCCUUGCCACAACGAUGCUUUGAGACACCUCUCCUGCAAGACCUAAAGUCACGAUUCGCGCACAUCGAAGUGUUUGCGCCUACUUUCCAGCGUGCCGCAGAAGUGGCGCGUCAUCUUGGCCGCUGGUGUGCGGACGCCUUUCUUCUUCACGCUUUGUCGCCUGAGAAAUCUAGGAGGUACUCAGUCGAGGUCGAAAAGAAGUGGCAUGCGCGUAAAGGCACUCAAAAAUUGGCCGAGCUCGAUCAAGCCGUUGAAGAAGUCCAGCAUGCGACCGACUACAUUCAGCAGCAGUCCCAUGUUCUCGACGAGUUCUCAUGGCAGUCGGAUCUGAGCUCGAAGGUGCAUCAGCUCGACCGUUACCUUCGAAUGCAAUUCGAGCGCGAGUCCAAUCAUCGCGCGAUCGUCUUCGUUGACAGGCGGUACACAGCACGCCUACUACACAUUCUUUUCACUCGACUGAGAGGAAAGGUAGGGACCGACCACUUGAAAGGCCAUUUUCUGGUUGGCUCGAACGGUGGUGGCAUCGACGAGGAUUCUGUCUCCUUCAAACAGCAAGUCCUCACUCUGAUCAAGUUCCGGAAAGGCGAGCUGAAUUGCUUGUUUGCCACCUCUGUCGCUGAGGAAGGACUCGAUGUGCCAGACUGCAACCUCGUCGUUCGAUUCGACAUGUACAACACCAUGAUCCAGUACAUCCAGUCGCGUGGUCGUGCUAGGAACCAGAACUCCAAGUUCAUCCACAUGGUCGAGAAGGGCAAUUGUGCGCAUCAACAAACUCUUGGCGAGGUCCGCUGGCAGGAGACCAGCAUGCGCAGAUUCUGCGACCAACUGCCUGAAGAUCGGAAACUACAAGGCAACCAAGAUCAUCUCGAAGUGCUCCUGGAGAGGGAGAAAGACAUUCAGGUCCGCAUAGAGCCCACGUCUGGAGCGAAACUGACCUAUGGCAACGCGCUGAAUUACAUCGCGAACUUUGUCUCAGCCAUCCCCACCGAUAGCGAUGAGCCGCAGCACCCAACGUAUGAGGUUCAGGCUCGUGGCCAAAAGUUCCAAGCGGAGGUUAUGCUGCCAAACAACGCUCCUGUGCGGUCAGUCGUCGGCCUCAUCCGUUCCAGAAAGGGACUUGCAAAGCGCUCUGCGGCGUUCAACGCUUGCAUUGAACUUCGCAAACUAGCCUACUUCGACGCUUACUUCAUGCCAACGUACACCAAGAAGCUGCCAGCCAUGCGCGACGCCCUUUUGGCGGUGGACAUGAAGAAGCAGCGCGGGUAUGCGAUGCGUGUGAAGCCGAGCAUAUGGGCGGAGCAGAGAGGGAAUGUUCCUGGUCAGCUCUAUGUCACGGUCGUCGACUUUCCAAAAGGUCUUGAUCGACCACAUCAAUCUAUCGCCUAUCUGACCAGGACACGCAUGCCCAACUUUCCGGCAUUUUCGGUUCACCUGAACGACGGUCGUAAGAAGUCCGUUGUCUCAAGAAGCUUGACGAAGCCGAUUGUACUGAGAGGUGACGAGCUUGCCCAGUUCACAAAGUUCACACUGCGGGUCUUCGAGGAUGUCUUCAGCAAAUUGUACGAAGAGGACAGUGCCCAGAUGUCGUACUGGCUAGCACCUGCAACAGUGCAGCUUUCUGGUCAGGACAACGACAAUGAGCACAUUGCGAACAGCGAUCCCAACACAGUCAUCGACUGGGCUCUUCUCGAUGAUGUGUUCGUCGUUGGAGAGCGCAAGUGGACUCCCGAAACGCCUAAACAGGAUCUGACGAAUCUUUUCCUGGUCGAUGUCUGGGAUGGUAGUCGCAAAUUUUACUCCAAAGGCGUUGACCCUUCGAAGAAGGCGACAGAUGCAAUUCCUGAAGGUGUCGCAAAGUCCAAGCUUACUGGCACAAUCCUGGAUUACAGUAUCAGCCUGUGGAAGAAAGCUCGACAAGAGCGAGAUGCUACUUGGUCUCGACAGCAGCCAGUUGUCGAAGCAGAGAAGAUCUUGACAGCACGUAAGAAUAUGCUCGCGCCCCCGGAGCAGAAAGAAGUCAAGCAGAUAACCAAAGCAUUUCUGUGCGUACAGCCACUGCGUAUCUCGACCUUACGACCGGAGAUUGCAGCACCAUUGUUCAUCUGGCCAGCAAUCAUAUAUCGGUUCGAGUCUCACUUAAUCAGUCAAGAGGGCUGCGACAUUGUUGGAGUCGAAUGUGGGCCAGAGCUCGCGCUUGCUGCUUUCACAAAAGAUUCGGACAACUCAGGUGAACAUGAAGCAGCAGAGCAGGUGAACUUCCAGCGUGGAAUGGGCGAGAACUACGAGCGCCUGGAGUUCAUCGGAGAUACUUUUCUCAAGACGGCCACGACUCUGUCGACAUUCAUCCUGAAUCCGAACGAGAACGAGUUCGAGUUCCACGUUCGCCGAAUGCUGAUGCUCUGCAACAAGAACCUUUUUCACACUGCUAGGGAGCUCAAGCUCUAUGAGUAUAUUCGCAGCUUGGCCUUCAAUCGGCGAUUAUGGUAUCCGGAGGGUAUGAAGCUGCUGGCAGGCACUGGUGUUGUCAAAGGCGAGGAGAAGGUGAUGUGGCACGAGCCCCGAGAUCAUGCACUUGGCGAGAAGACCAUUGCAGAUGUUUGCGAGGCGCUUAUUGGAGCCGCUUUCAUCACUCAUGACCGUCCAGGCGCUUGGAAGCCCGAGCACUGGGAAAGCGCCAUACGAGCCGUGACGACGCUCGUUAACAACCAAGAUCACAAGAUGCUGACAUGGGAUGACUACAAAGCAGCCUAUGUGAAGCCGGCCUACCAGAUUCAAGAAGCCACUGCGGUACAGAAAGAUCUGGUAAACAAGGUGGAGCUCGAGCACAACUAUCGAUUCCGGUACCCACGAUUGCUCUAUUCAGCGUUCAUGCAUCCCUCGAUGCCUUUUAUGCACGAGAAAGUGCCGAACUACCAACGCCUGGAAUUCCUGGGCGAUGCGCUCCUCGACAUGGCCAGCAUCACCUACCUCUUUCACAAGUACCCGGACAAGGACCCACACUGGCUCACCGAGCACAAGAUGGCCAUGGUGUCGAACAAGUUCCUGGGAGCACUUUGCGUCAACAUUGGCUUCCACAAGCAUCUUCGUCAUCAUCACGCGAAGCUUGAGCACCAAUGCCGCGAGUACGCCAUCGAGCUCUUAGAAGCCAGACGUGUCGCCGGCGAGAGCAGAGACUACUGGACCACGGUUAGCGACCCGCCCAAGUGCCUUCCUGACAUCGUCGAAGCAUACAUCGGCGCUGUCUUCAUCGACUCGGACUUCAAUUACGCCGAAGUUCAGCGUUUCUUCGACGAGCACGUCCGUUGGUACUUCGAAGACAUGAAGAUAUACGACACAUUCGCGAACAACCACCCCUGCACGCAUCUGCAUAACAUGCUGCAAACCACUUUCGGAUGCAUGGACUAUCGUCUCAUGGCGAAGGAGUUGCCUAGUGCGGAUGGGAUGGAGAGGAAGGAUGUGGUUGCUGUAGUCAUGAUUCACGACCAGAUCGUGGCCCAUAGCAGCGGCAAGAGUGGCAGGUACGCGAGGUUGAGAGUUGCGAACAAAGCGCUCGAAGUGCUCGAGGGUUUGGUCGCAUUCGAGUAUCGGGCGAAGUUCCGGUGCAACUGUAAGGUAGAUGAUGAGCACGGUCCGGUCACAUUGCUGGAGGGACAGCCGGAGCAGGGCGAUAUGGUGGAUUGUGCUCCUGGCUUGUGCGAGGUUUGA